AUAGUCAAAAGAAGAAAAAAAAACUCAUCCAACCCUAAUCUUUGUUUCCUUUAAACUCCACAUUAACCUCCAUUUUCUUUCUCUCUUUGUCUCCCGCAACCAAAAAAGAGAGAGGGGGUUCAUGAUAUUGGUCUCCCUGUCAUGAUCUCCCUUCUCAAUAAUUAAUUAUACAUUUUAUAUAAAUAUAAUAUUUGGUUUUUUGGGUUCUUUAUAUAUUUUGGAGAUGGCGAAGCGAUCAUUUAAGCAAUUCGUAGAACAACAGCUGGGUGCAGUCCCCAAUUUCUUCAUUUACGCAUUGUUAGAAUGGAUUAUGAUCUUCAUGUUGUUCAUCGACGGCUUCAUCGCAUUAUUCGCCAAUGAAUUCGCCAAGUUCUUUGAGUUGCCGAUCCCUUGCUUGCUUUGUACCAGGCUUGACCGUCUCCUAGCUGGCCGAUCAACCGAUUUCUAUUACAACGAUUCUAUUUGCGACAACCAUAAGAAGAACGUGUCGUGUCUUGCUUUUUGUCAUGCUCAUAAGAAGCUCUCCGACAUACGGAGCUUGUGCGAGAGUUGUCUCUUGUCUUUUGCAACCGAGAGAGAAACCGAUUGUGAUACGUACAAAUCCUUGUUGGGGAUCUUGCAUAAGGAUAUUGAUCAGUUGUUGGUUGAUGAAGAUAAUGAAGUUCAAUUGUCUUUGCCUGGUGGUGCUAAAAAGGAUGAAGAAGUGGUUUUUGAGAAGAGUAAUGAUCAUCGGUGUACUUGUUGUGGGCAACCAUUGAAGGUGAAAUCUAUAGGUUCUAAUGGCUCUAAAGGAAAGAAUUCUUCCAUGUCUUCGUUAGCACCUUCGCCAUCUCCUCGGGCUCCGGCUAUUAAAUAUACGGAGCUCAAGCUUAAACCGGAUGAACCAGAGGUCCAGGAGGAUAAUGAUCGCUCAAAGGGACUUGAAAAGCCACUGAAGGAUGAUGGCAAGGGUGGUACACUGCCAUCGAUGCCAGAAGGUGAUGAAGAAGAUAAGACCCCCAACUUUAUGAAAGGAAACAGGUUCUUCGGGAUCCCCUUAUCGGACUCGGCAUCAAACAGUCCUCGGUGGACCCGAACUCCGAGGAAAGUACUGCUUCAAAAAACCGAGUUCGCGUCAGAGAUCGGCGAAGGCCAAGUCCCCAGCAGUCCUCGCAUGGAUCGUAAAUCACUAAUGGCAUUGUACAUGGAGCUUGACGAAGAACGAAGUGCAUCCGCCGUAGCGGCUUACAACGCGAUGGCGAUGAUCACCAGGUUACAAACCGAGAAAGCCGCCGUCCAAAUGGAAGCCUUACAGUACCAAAGAAUGAUGGAAGAACAAGCCGAAUACGAUCAAGAAGCACUUGAAGAGAUGAUCAAUUUAGUAGCCAAAAGAGAAGAUGAACUCAAUGAGUUAGAAGCCGAACUCGAAGCUUACAGAAAGAAAUACGGACGCUUACAAGAAGGCGAUUUCGAAAAGCAAGGAGAAGUGAACGUUGAAGGAGAUCAAGUGUUGAAAACGUCGUCGCUUUCAUCCUCCAAUGGUAAACCGGAAUCUACCGUCCCUGCUGGGGAUAAACCGGAGACUCAAAAUCAAUCCGUAUCGAAUCCCAUCAACCAGGACAAGAUCGGUGCGGAAGCCAUGAACAAACCCAAGAAAGUUUCCGAUUCGAAUCCGAGUCCGACGCCAGAGAAGACCGGAGGCGAAACCGUUGACUUACCCAAGAAAGCAAUGCGUCAAAUGGACCGGUUGAAAAUACUAGAAAAGAAAAUGCAUAUUUCAUCAAUGGGAAGGUUUCAAAGGAAUACGAGUGAGAUUAAUGAUGACGACAUGGAUGAAGAGCAGGAGCGUAGUUAGAUGUUGGGCUUUGAUGGCCUUUUGUUUCUGGUUUUUUGUAAUAUGGAAGAGCCUUUUUCUGAGCUCCAUUGCUUGUAACCUUUGUAUUGUUGAGAUUUUCUUAUUUCUAUUAUUAAGAUCGAGUAAAGAUAGUAGUAUUUUUGUAUGUUUUUAAUUAAACUCAUAUCACAUGGACGUUAUUUAAA